AGAACUUUUUGAUUUCACAAGCCUGAGGAGUCCAGACAGCAAUUGUAUUGUGUGAAGAAAGAGAAAAUAUCAAACAAGGUUGAAGUCAAGGAGGUAGCAGAGAUGUCAAAAACGAAUAAAUCAAAGUCGGGAUCCCGUUCCUCUCGUUCAAGAUCUGGAUCCCGGUCUCGGUCCAGAUCUUUCUCAAAGUCUCGCUCUCGGUCCCGGUCUGUGUCACGGUCAAGGAAACGCAGGCUUAGUUCUAGGUCCCGCUCGAGAUCGUAUUCUCCAUCUCACAACAGGGAGAGAAACCAUCCACGAGUGUACCAGAAUCGGGAUUUCCGAGGCCAUAAUAGAGGGUAUCGGAGGCCCUAUUACUUCCGUGGAAGAAAUAGAGGAUUCUACCCAUGGGGCCAGUAUAAUCGAGGCGGCUAUGGAAACUACAGGUCCAACUGGCAAAACUACCGCCAAGCUUAUAGCCCUCGUAGGGGCCGUUCACGUUCUCGAUCGCCCAAGAGGAGGUCUCCAUCCCCAAGGUCUAGAAGCCAUUCUAGAAAUUCUGACAAGUCUUCGUCUGACCGGUCAAGGAGGUCGUCUUCUUCUCGGUCCUCCUCUAAUCACAGCAGAGGCGAGUCCUCCAAGCGUCGGUCUGUGAAGGACAAGAAGUCCUCUUCCAAGGAUGCUCGAGGAUCUCAGGGUGCUGGAGACAGCCAAGGAGAAGACGCCAAGGAACCACCUUUCUCGGGAGGAACUGCCCAGGAUGCCAAAUCUUCAGAGGGGUCAAAGCCUUGGCAAGAAGUGGGCACUUACGGCGUGAGCUCAGCAUCAAGGGGCUCUGCUGUGACAGAGCUGAGUCCAAAAGAGCGCAGCCCGGCACUGAAGAGCCCCCUCCAGUCGGUCGUAGUGAGGCGCCGUUCCCCCAGGCCGAGCCCCCUUCAGAAGCCCAGCCCAACAUCAUCCAACCCUUCUCAGAUGGGCUCGGCUCUGCAGAGCAGCAGCUCCUUCCAGGCAGGCUCGCAUCAGUUUGAGCAUAACUUAGGCGGCCUGAGUCCAACGAGGAAGAGCCCUGUAUGCAAAAGCCCCACAACAAUUGGUUCCAUUUAUGGGGCGUCUCAGAAGGAGGAAAUGGGGUCAGCCUUCUCCAAGAGGUACUUGGAAGAGCAAAAGUCUGAGAAUGGGAAAGAAAAAGAGCAGAAACUGAUGAAUGUGGAAAAGGAGAAAAUGAAGGAGAAGGGAAGUUUCUCCGAGAUGGGAUUAGCGGAUGGUAAAGCAAAACUGGAUCCAUACGCUCCCAAAGCUGAUCCUGAGAAGGUCUAUCGUGGAAGUCAGUCCCCAAAGCGCUAUAAGUUCCGGGAUGACUUUGAAAAAAAGACAGCCGAGUUCCACAAGGAGAGCCACUAUGGCAAAGAUGAGGCAGAUGAGCCAGACAAAAAAAUGAAGGGCAAAGGGCGAAAGGAUCCCAAUUUUGAUGAGGAUGAGGAUGAUGAGCCCAAGUUUCUGUCUAAGACCGUGUCUGCUGCCAGUAAAAAUCAGGAGGAAGAUCGGGCGGGCAAAUGGGAAGGCCUGGUAUUUUUGCCUGGGGCUAAAGAGAAACAGAGGAAAGCAGAAGAGAUGGAGGAGGACUCCUAUGCCGAGCAGUCUAAGAAAGAAGAAAGGCAAGCUGCCAAGAGAGCAGAGGCCGGGCACAGAGGCUUUGUUCCAGAGAAGAAUUUCCGAGUGACCACUUACAAAGCUGGCCAGGAAAAAAGUGCUGCUUCUCCUCCUCCAAGAAAGGCCUCAGAGGGUAGAGAAAAGGCAGGUGCUCGGGGAGAUGGUCUAGCCGCUGGGAAGUCCUCCUUUUCAAUUACUCGUGAGACCCAAGUCAAUCUCCGGAUGGAUUCUUUUGACGAGGAUCUUGCACGCCCAAGUGGGAUUUUGGCUCAGGAGCGCAAGCUGAGUCGCGACCUGGUGCACAGCAACAAAAAAGAGCAGGAGUUCCGCUCCAUUUUUCACCACAUCCAGUCGGCCCAGUCUCAGCGGAGCCCCUCGGAGCUCUUUGCCCAGCACAUAGUUACUAUUGUCCAUCAUGUGAAAGAGCACCACUUUGGGUCUUCGGGAAUGACUCUGAACGAGCGCUUUACAAAAUAUCUAAAGCGAGCGGAGCAGGAAUCGGCUAAGAACAAAAGCCCUGAAAUCCACAGGAGGAUAGACAUUUCUCCGAGUUCAUUUAGAAAACAUGGAUUCUCACAGGAGGAAACCAAAAGUUCCAAAGAAACCGGCUAUAAGGCUGAAAGCAAAUAUAAAGAUGACCCAGUUGACCUGCGCCUUGACAUUGAACGGCGUAAAAAACAUAAGGAGAAGGAUAAGCGGGGCAAGUCGAGGGAAUCGGUGGACUCCAGGCCCUCAAGUCAUUCGCGGGAGAGAUCAUCAGAGAAAACUGAGAGGUCUCACAAAGGGUCCAAAAAGAAGAAGCACCGGCGUGUGCGGGAGCGAUCCAGGUCAAGCUCCUCGUCCUCACAGUCCUCGCCCUCACGGUCUUACAAAGCCGAGGAAUAUCCCGAGGAGACAGAAGAGCGGGAGGAGUCUGCUCCGGGGUUUGACAAAUCCCGCCUUGGCACCAAGGAGUUUGCUGGCCCAAACGAUCGGGGCAGAGCUCGGGGGACUUUCCAGCAGUUCCGAGCCAGGGGCCGUGGCUGGGGAAGAGGCACAUUUUCUGGCAACAGCAACAAUAACAACAGCAGCGGUGGCGCCGGUGACUUCCAAAAGAGAAGCAGAGAGGAGGAGUGGGACCCCGAGUACACACCUAAGAGCAAAAAAUACUACUUGCACGAUGACCGCGAGGGCGAAGGUGGCGAGAAAUGGGCGAACCGAGGCAGGGGCCGCGGCAUCUUCCCCCGUGGGCGGGGCCGCUUCCUGUACCGGAAGUCGAACACCAGCCCCAAAUGGGCCCAUGACAAAUUCAGCGGAGAGGAGGGAGAGAUCGAGGAUGACGAGAGCGGAGCUGAGAACCGAGAGGAGAAAGAAGCCCUUCAGUCGGUCGCGGAGUAGGAGCC